CUUUCAUCCGAAACUCUCCCAACUGGGCUGCUUCAAAGUAUAUGCUCCCGACUGUUCCUGUUCUCGGUAACCUUACUAUGGCAUCGUCUGGUCUCAGCUGAUCGUUGAUGGCGAGAAGCGCGGUAAUCAGGCCUUUUGUCGUUCAACUAGACGAUGGCGUUCACAUGUACAAAGUUUCCCAAAGCUAAUGACCGAUUAAUCAGAGAUUGGUUCCUGCUCGACUGGUACAACUCCAGUCAAGCAUGCCAUCACCCGCUUCACCCAGGACCACCUACCGUGGUGGCCUCACCCAUCGGUGACAAGCCCUCGACUCAUGCUGACUUCCUCGCUGCUAUUUGGUACUCCCUCCGGUCGGCAUUCCUGCACAACCCAUCAUUGGCUUCCGUACCCAUCAGAUCCCCAUUUGCACUGCGGUCGCACAGACAUAAAAUCCCAGCGCUCAUCUGGUGCAGCGAUUACAGUUAUGAGAUUUCUGUCGAGCUCACUCGAUGGUUAUCCGUAUUCUGCGCGUUCCUUUUCUGUGCCCUCUUCGGAUUCGCAAGUGAAGCGAAGAAACCGUACAGUCAUGGAUAUUCCAAGUUGAUACUUCGACCGGUGGACGCCACAGAAAUUAAUUUCAUUGCUACCUUGAAUCACGCUCAUCUUCAUCGCCGCUGUGAUCUUAGCCCUUACUGCGCGACCAACCGAGCUCAAACCCUGGAUCCUACCAGGGAUUCGAAAAGCAUCCUUUUACCAAUGAACUCUCUCGACAUCACUCUCAGUCUCGAAGGCCCAGAGUCUUUCUUCCUCGAGUUCCCACCAGUCGACACCGAGCGAGAGCCGACGUACUCUGCGCACAGCGAGGGCUGA